GUUUACUGCUCAAGGUCGUUGGAAUGAGAGCGAAAAUCUGAAAGUGUCUGACUUGCUAGGACAUGCGCUCAGCUUCUUGUUUGAGACGUUAUGCUAGGCAUUUCUCUUCAAGCAUCCAAAGAAGCCAGCUAGAUAUCACAAAAGUUUCAUUGAAAGAUGUGAUCGAUCAAGGGUUCGGUAAUCACUCGAAACCGUUCACCGAGGAUAAGGAAACUAAGAUCACGCACUUGAGUAAUGGACUUCGUGUGGCUUCUCAAAACAAACUUGGUAGCCAGUGUGCAAUAGGAGUUAUUAUUAAGGCUGGCCCUAAAUAUGAGGGGAACUUUGCCAGCGGGACUUCUCACUACCUUGAGAAACUAGGAUUCCAUUCAUCUGACCUUUAUGCAGAUCGAAAUUCUUUUCAAGAGGCCAUGGAAAAUUGUAACUCGAUUUUUGACUGUCAAGUAGCCAGAGAUUUCAUAGUCUAUGCAGUAUCUGGUUUCAACACAAAUAUGGAUAAACUUACGCAUAUAUUAUCUGAAACAGUUCUUAGGGCAAAAUUUACUGAGGAAGAGAUUGAAAUGGCAGCUAAAAGUAUUUCCUUUGAACUAGAAGCUUUGGAAAGAUCACCACCAGUUGAACCAAUUAUGAAUGAAUUAUUACAUGUGACUGCUUAUAAAAAUAACACACUUGGCUUGCCAAAAUAUUGUCCUAAACAGAAUUUAGAUAAAAUUAAUCGCGAAGAUAUCAUCAAAUUUGUUGCCACUCAAUUCAAACCAGAAAAAAUGGUGAUAGCUGGUGUCGGAAUUGAACAUGAUGCACUAGUAAAGUCUGUAGAGAAAUACUUUAUUCCAACAGUGCCUAAUGUAUCUUACGAAAAGGCGGCUAGUGAUCUGCCUUCACUUAGCACUACUGUCUCCGAAUAUACCGGUGGUUAUUAUAAGUUAGAACGUGAUUUAUCACAAUAUCAUGCACCAAUGCCUGAAUAUGCUCAUGUUGGCAUCGGUUUUGAAUCAUGCAGUUAUACAGAUCCACAAUUUGUACCAGCAUGUGUACUUCAUUCAUUACUUGGUGGAGGUGGAUCUUUUUCAGCUGGUGGACCUGGCAAGGGUAUGUAUACUCGACUAUAUCUAAAUAUUUUAAAUAAACAUCAUUGGGUAAACUCAGCACAGGCUGAAAAUCAUGCUUAUUCUGAUACAGGAUUAUUUACUAUUAUUGGCAGUUCAUUUCCAACUUAUCUAGAUCGUUUAGUUUAUACUUUGAUUAAUGAAUUGCACCAUACUAUAUCAUCUUCAAUAUCACAUGAAGAGUUGUCGAGAGCUAAACAUCAGUUGAAAUCUAUGCUUCUAAUGAAUUUAGAAACUCGUGCUGUUAGUUUUGAAGAUAUUGCUCGUCAGGUGCUUACAUCUGAUGUGAAACGUGAACCAGACUAUUGGGUUGAUCAAAUAGAGAAAGUAACUGAAAAUGAUCUUCAUGAACUUCUUCAUCGUAUGAUUUAUCGAUGCAAACCAACAUUAGUCGGUUUUGGACAAGUUGACAAGUUACCAUCAUUUGAAAAUACUGUUUCAUUAUUAAAUGAUGAAUCAUAUAAAGAGAAGAAAUUAAAGACAAAAUAUAAAAUGUCUAAUAUAUUUAAGGGAAUUAUUUAAUUUCAUCUUUUCGCGUUUUUCUCUCCAUCCUCUUUUUUUCACUUGUCAUGUGUGUUCUCUUAUAUGAGAGAACCCAUAUGAUUUGUAAAUUAUUCAAUAUAACUGGAUCAUGAUUAGUUGUGUAAAUGAUGAA